CCCAGAACUUUUGAGAGAGUAAACUCAGAGCUUUAGGUACCGGAAACCCCACAAAUUUACGAUGGAGGAGACCAACACAAAAGAUCUCCAAAGCGCUUCUGUCAGUCUCACGAAGCCGAUUCGCUGCAUCGUCAAACUCGCUUUCUUUACGCUGACCCAGAACAGCUGAUUGCUCAAACGAGGUCCAGAAAAGUGCUUUUGGUGUGCUAGAUUAAUGGGCAGCUGAUAAAUUUUAAGCCUUUGUUAAUAUAAACUGUGGAAAACCGAAUCGUUUCAACCUGGGAAAAUCUGAGGAGGUGCAGCAAUUACUUGCAAGAACGAAUUAGAGACAAUAAAUGAAGCAAAUCUCAAGACGGUUUCGUCGCAGCUGAGGCAAUCAAUGGCUACGGGGUCGCUUUCUGGGGAGGUUCUUGGGAUGGAUUGGAGCAAGCAACCUGGAGAAUCAGAAAUUUCAUCUGCCAUACUUGAUUUUGAACAUCGGCCAGUUGCGGACCCCAGCCCCUUUAUAGUUGUUCAUGGAGCAGGUUCUUUCGGGCAUUUUCAAGCUAGUAAAUCGGGCGUUCAUAAAGGUGGGUUGUACCAACCCCUUGUAAAGGCUGGUUUUGUUGCCACACGCAUCUCCGUUACAAAGCUCAAUCUUGAAAUUGUUAGAGCGUUAGCCAGAGAGGGUAUCCCUUCCAUUGGAAUGUCUCCAUUUUCAUGUGGAUGGUCAACCCGUGAAAGAAAUAUAGCUUCAGCUGAUUUGUCUGCAGUGGCCAAGGCUAUUGAAUCUGGUUUGGUACCUGUUUUGCAUGGAGAUGCUGUGCUCGAUGAGUUACUGGACUGUACCAUAUUGAGUGGAGAUGUCAUCAUUAGUCACCUUGCAGCGCACUUGAAGCCUGACUUUGUUGUUUUUCUCACUGAUGUUUUUGGGGUUUAUGACCGUCCACCGUCGGUACCAAAUGCAGUACUCUUGAGAGAAAUCGCUGUGGCUAAAGAUGGGAGCUGGUCGAUCGUGAGCCCAACACUUGAGAACAUGAAUAAGCAAGUUGAGACAAAAGCGGCAGCCCAUGAUACAACAGGCGGAAUGCUGACCAAGAUAUCGGAAGCUGCGACGAUUGCAAAACUCGGAAUCGAUGUGUACAUUGUGAAGGCAGCAACAACCCAUGCUUUGAGGGCAUUGAGUGGAGAAUUGAAAGGCAGCAUUCCAGAUGACUGGCUUGGAACGGCAAUCCGGUUUUCGAAUGAAUGAUCGAUCACUUCUGCUGUUAUGAACAAUCAAGGUGUUAAACGUAAACAUUCGGAGACCAACACAAGAAAGAAGUCGGCGUUUGGAGAAGACAUGGAUGUUAACCACUUAAGAUUCUAUGAACUGGCUCGAUACAAGAUCAGACAAUUGAUUGUUUGAAGUAAAAACAAAUUCAUCAGCCGCUGCGACAGGCCAAUCAACUCUGGUCGUUUAUGAUU